AUGAAAUAUUGUGCGGUUGCGGAUAUUGUCAAACGGAGUCGGUCAGGCGCAUGCGCAACACCAGAGCUGUCAGGAAAAUGGCGGCGCCCGUCGAUUUGGAGCUGAAGAAGGCCUUCUCGGAGCUGCAGUUGAAGAUGAUUGACACACAGCAGAAGGUGAAGCUGGCCGACCUGCAGAUCGAGCAGCUGACGCACGUGCAGAAGCACGCCAACCUCACUCACGCAGAGAUCAACACGCUCACUGACAGCACGCGCAUGUACGAGGGCGUUGGACGCAUGUUUAUUCUGCAGUUCAAGGACGACAUCACGCAGCAGCUCAAGGUCAAGCAGAAGACGGCUGAGGAGAAAAUCAAGGAACUGGAGCAGAAAAAGGUGUACCUGGAACGCAGCGUCAAGGAGGCAGAGGACAACAUUCGGGAGAUGCUGCUGUCCCGGAGAGCUCAGUAAUUGCUCCGUCUUGGACUCGAGCUCAAUAAAGCACUUGUCACCAA